UUCCUUUACGUGUGAGCUUAACGACAAGGAGGGGUGCUAGAUGCAGUACUGCCAUUGAUAUAAAUAACAAAUUCAAGAACUUUAGCACAUUCACCGAAGAAAUAGGUUCAGUUUAAACAAAAUGAGGGCAUUCCAAGCCUGUUUAGUGUUCGCUUUAGUAGCAGCCAUUGCUACCAAAGAAGUACCAAAAAAACAAGAAAAGAGAGGCUUGCUUUUGGGCGAUUAUGCCUACGCUAAAGGACCUAUCCUAACUUUGGCUAAACCAGCAAUUGGAUAUGGAGGUUAUGGGGGAGGUUUUGGAGGUGGUAGAAUUAUUGGAGGAGCCGGUUUGGCUGGUGCCGGAAUCGGUACUUUCGGUACCGGUCUUGGUGGCGGACUUGGUGGAGGAAUCGGAGGAGGCGCCAUUGCUACCGGAGUGCGCACAGCAUCCGCAUCCACCUCGGUCAUCAACCGUGCCGUAGCGGUAGCUGUACCAGCUCCCUACCCUGUAGAAGUCCCACGUCCGGUCCCUGUACCCGUCCCAGCUCCAAGACCCGUGGAAGUACCCCGUCCAUAUCCCGUUGAUGUACCCGCUCCUUACCCCGUCCACGUAGCUCGUCCUGUACCGGUUGAUGUACCCAGGCCCAUUCCAGUACCACGCCCUGUCCCUGUUCCAGUCGAUGCUCCCAGACCUGUCGCUGUUCCCGUACCACGUCCAGUACCCUACGACAUCCCAGUACCAGCCCCUGUUGCAGUACCCACCCCAGUUGCCGUGGGUUACGCCGGUGGUCUUGAAGGUGGAAUUGGUCUAGGAAGAGGCGGUGGUGGUUUCGAAAGAGGUAUCGGAUUAGGAGGUGCUGGAGGUUACGGACUUGGCAAAGGAGGUUUUGGACUCGAAGGUGGCUAUGGAAAAUACAAAUAAAUAUUAGAUAGCUCAAAAGUAGCUCAAUUUUGACUGUGAAAAAUAAUUAAAAAAAAAGAUUUCCAUUCAUUUCUUCUAAACAAAAUAAAUGUACAUACUAGAUUUUAGUAAGUUAUUAUUUUUAUACGAGUCACUGGUCUGAUAUACAUACAUAUCUAGAUAAAAAAAAACAGAAGGUAUGGCUGUAUGUAAAACAAUAUAAAAAAUCAUUGUGAAAGAGUUACCGUUUAUUAAUUAGAAUAAUGUGUGUUUUUCUUUGUAAAUAAAUAAAAUAAACAACAAACUGAA